CUUCCGGGUCUCCCGUCCAAUCACAGAAGAGGACGGCCUCAGCUGACUGCCGCUGCUUCUGUCCACAGAGAGUGCUAUGAGGAGUGAGACUUUUUGUGUUUACAGGAAUAGACAAUCUUUCUUAGUUUUUGUUCGUGUCACAAGUCAGAGAAAUAUGCCAAAGUUGGAGACCUUGCUAGCAGAUGGUCUCAGAUCAGAGUUAAUGCUUCAGCAGCAGCUGAAGGCCCUGAGUGAGGCCAUCAGGCAGCAGCUGCAGGAGACGGAAACAAGACAGGAACAGGAGCUUGAGAGGAGGAUUCAUCUGAACUCUCUACUGUCAACAGAUGUAGACCGAGGGUCCGGUGAUCAAAAUGAACCAAAACAACAGGCCAAACCUGUAGGAAUGAGGAGAUCCACCUCUACAUCUGCCUUGACCUCAGACAAAAAGACUUUGCACCGUCCCGGACAGUCAGAGAGCCCCACAGUAUCUUCUCCAGACUGGGUAUCUUCAAAGUGCAACAAUUGUUCAGUCAGAGCUUCCAUGCUUACUCCUGCCAGGACUCAACAAUGUGAGCAGCUUGCUUUAUCUAAGACGACCCAGAUGAUCAAAGAGGAGGAGGCUGAGGCUGAAUGUCAGAGGAAGUUCUGCGCUCACCCGGUGCCGAGCCACAUCAUUCAGCCCCUCUAUCAGGACAUGAUGGAACUGAGAGAAAAGGAGAGGAAGCAGGGGCAUGAGCAGAGAAGGGACUUCUUGCUCUCCAUUCAAAGACCUUUUAAUUUCCAGGAGAGGGAAAAGAAGAAAAGGGAGAAGCUGAUAACAAUGUUAAACAAAGUCUCGCACAAAAAAAAGGCUGCUACCGUUAAGAAACCUCCUCAAAAAGAGGUUAAAGACUUGUCAGAUUCUGAGCUAAAAGACCAGGAGCUUUGCAGUCAAGUCCCCACUCAGACAACAGUGAGACAUGAGAAUCCUACUGUGUCUGGCAGCCCAACACUUCGUGCUGCUGAACGCACCAGGAAGAAAAAGUUGGGCUUCCUGGAUGAGAAGCCCAGCUUCCAGCCAAAAAUCAUCCACCAGGUUCCUGAUUUCAAUAGGCUGCACAAAGCCCUGCAGACAGAGGCGCUGAGGAAAUCACAGAGCAAAAAUGUGAUAAAAUGUCAGCCUUUCUGUCUGAGGACGUCAGCUCUUCCUGCAAGGCAACGUAGGAUGAGCCCUGAAAACUCACAGGUUCCAAAAAUAAGUAAUCUCAGCAGAAGCAAGUCACUUGGGACCUUAACAUCACUGUCUGCAGACACACUCCCCACAUUCAUCACAGAUGCUGCGAGGAAGCGUUGCAUGGCCAUAAGAAAGUCAAUGGAGAUAAGGGAUAGCAAGAAUCAAGAGAGUGCCGACUGGCUGAGGAAGUACCAGAUGAAAUCCCAGGCCAUGAAGAAGACUGUCUCACUCCAUGCGAGGCUGCUUGACCCACACAGCAGCCUGAAAGCCGUUUUUAAUGACAAACUACAGCACCAUCGGGAGGCUGACCAACAAAGGAUGAGAGAGUACAUGAGGGAGUUACGGGAUAUGAAGGCACGAGUUGGCGAACGCCCUUUUUUGUUCGAACAGGUGAAGCAGAAAAAUGCAAAGGCUCGAGCAGAGCAGACGUACAGGGACAAGCUGAAGACAGCCGGCUUAAAGGAGCUAUUUGUUGAGGAAAAUGGAGAGGCAUUUGAGGGAACAUCAUCAUCAUUCAGCUCUGAGGAGGAUACAGACAAGAACCACAGCACUGAGAAUCACAUUUGCAGCAGGGAAGAAAAUGUAGCCGACGGGGAGAAAAUUGAAGAUGUGGAAGAGAAGAGCGUGAAGUCCAAAGGGGAAGAAAUGCCAUGAUCAAAAAGGUUUAGGCGGUACAGGUUUUUUUUUUUUAUGGCCUCUCCGCUAGAAAACAACACUGUCCUCAAAAAUGAUUCAUGCCACGGCUAACUAUUCCCACCAUGCAUUUGAUAGUUUAAAAUGUGUGUGUUUUAAGAACUACAAAUUAUGAAACAACAAAAAAUCUGGACUUUACAAUCUUUACAAACUAUACGUGUUUAUAUGUAAUUAAUGUUUUAUAUGGUUUGAGUAUGUAUGUUUUUGUUUCACGGCAACACUUUUGCUCAGGAAUAUGAACACUGUUAUUUAGAGGAUGAACACUUGGUUACCAGAAUGAACAUUUCAAAAACAAAAUGAGAACUCCAGUUGAGACCACUGUCUGUAAAAUUUAUGUGUUUUACCUACUCUAAAUCAAGAAUCUUCCU